ACCCACACCGGCUCCAGCAAAGCACGACCGCUUCCUUCCCUUUCGACCGCGCCGCUAUUCUGACUCGCGCGCUCCCGAAAAUUCCCCGCCCCGCUCGCCCCUUCCUCCCGCCAUGAGCACCUCCUCCGGCCGCCGCUCCUCGCCGCCGCCGAGGCCGGCGCCCUCCUCGUCCGGCCAGAAGCGGGCGAGGGGCGACGACGAUCCCGGCACGUCGCUCGUUUCCAACCCCGCCUCCACCUCCGCCUCCGCCCCCGCCCCGGCCCAGAACCCUCGCCGCGCCUUCGCCUCCUCCCCGUUCGCCGACUUCGGGAGCUACAUGUCCGCGAAGAACAGCAAGCUCUCCGCGCAGUUCGACGCCGACGCCUCCACCUCCGCCGCCGCGGCGCCCGGGGCCCUGUUCGCGGGCGUCUCCAUCUUCGUCGACGGCUUCACCGUCCCCUCUAGCCAGGAGCUGAAGGAGAUUAUGCUGAACAACGGAGGCCGGUUCGUCAACUACUUCUCGAGGCACACGGUAACGCACAUCAUCUGCACGCACCUCCCGGAGAGCAAAAUGCGGAACAUGAGAGCAUUCAGCAAGGGUCUUCCUGUUGUCAAGCCGGGGUGGGUGGUGGAUUCCCUUGCAGAGAACCGGCUCCUCAGCUGGAUUCCAUACCAAAUAAGUCAGCAUAAUUCUUCAAGCCGAAAGCAGAUGAAGCUUUCUGCUUUCUUUUCUGGGAAACAAAAUGGAAUACAGUAUCAGGGCAAUCAAAAUGAUGAAAACAAAGACCUUGAGUUCCAAACUUCUUCUGCUCAGGAGGGAUCACGUGACCAAACUGAGUCUUGUGAACAGGAAGGGCCAUUACUGAAUGUGGAGGUAGCAGAAGACUCACUAUCCUCAGAUGAACAUAGAGUUCCAUUAAUGAAUGUGGAAGUAGCAGAGGACUCACUAUCCUCAGAUGAACAUGGUGUUCCAUUGAUGAAUGUGGAGGUAGCAGAUGACUCACUAUCCUCAGAUGAACAUGGAGUUUUAACAUUUGAAGAAUCUCCUGAUGCUACUUCAAGGUGUUCAGAUGUAUGCGGUACAGGCUCUGUGGGCAGCCAUUUGUCAAUUGGUUCAUUGGAGAAAGAUACAGCUAAAUCUUCUAGCCGGUCACAUUCAACCCUGACAGAUCCUAAUUUUCAUUCUCGACUGCAUUUCAUUGGGACUUGGCGAAAUCGCUACCGCAAGCGCUUCUCAAAUUUGCCUGGAGCUAAAAGCAGUAAGGGCAACAAUGAUCAUUCAGGGAAGAAGAAAACAAUCAUUCAUAUUGAUAUGGACUGCUUUUUUGUAUCCGUCAUCAUCAGAAAUAGGCCAGAGCUGCACGAUAAGCCGGUAGCAGUUUGUCAUUCCGACAAUCCUAAAGGAACUGCAGAAAUCUCAUCUGCAAACUACCCUGCACGAAACUAUGGGAUAAAGGCUGGCAUGUUCGUUAGAGAUGCCAAAGCUCGGUGCCCUCACCUAACGGUUGUUCCUUAUAACUUCGAUGCAUACGGGGAGGUUGCGGAUCAGUUCUAUGGUAUUUUGCAUAAAUAUUGCACUAAGGUUCAGGCUUUGAGUUGUGAUGAAGCUUUUUUGGACAUGACGGAAUGCUUACACGAUAAUCCAGAGGAAGUUACAGAAAGAAUGAGAAAUGAGAUUUUUGGUACAACAAAGUGCACUGCCAGUGCAGGUAUUGCUGAAAACAGGCUCCUAGCCCGAUUAGCCACCAGAUCCGCAAAGCCGAACGGACAGUUAUUUAUUUCAUCUGAGAAGGUUGAUGAUUAUUUGAGUACCCUCCCUAUCAAAGCACUUCCAGGCAUUGGUUAUACUGUUUCUGAUAAACUGAAAAGCAAAGAAGUUGAACACUGUGGUCAGCUUCGCAACAUUUCAAAGGAUGCUCUCCAUAAGGACUUCGGAAAAAAGAUCAGUAACAUGCUAUGGAACUAUUGCAGAGGAAUUGAUCAUUCAGUUGUUGAAGCUGUUCAGGAAACAAAAUCUGUGGGUGCCGAAGUCAAUUGGGGAGUCAGAUUUAAUGAGAACAAAGAUGCUGAUAAUUUUCUAGUCAACCUCAGCAAGGAGGUUUCUUUACGCUUACAAGGAUGUGAACUACAGGGCCGUACUAUUACCCUUAAGGUUCUUUGGGCUGACUGAACACACUUUUUGUCUCCCAUUUCUUGCCAGUUGGUUAAAGGUUCGUAGCCAUAUGUUCUGCCUUGAAGGGGAAACAAGAAGGAAAGGUGCUGGAGAGCCACUAAAAUUUAUAGGGUGUGGUGACUGCGAAACCAUGAGUCGUUCUACCACGGUAAGGGU